CAGGGCGGCACCUUCUUAUUUCUUCUCAGUCGCAGCCUUCCCCUUAGAGUUGAGCAUCUGUGUGCCUGAAGUGGAUUUCCAGAAGCAGGAGGAGGCGCCGGGCUUCUCUUUCUGGGACUGGCUGUAGCUCAGGCCAGAGACACCUGGACACAGCCGCUGGCCUUCACAGCUAUCUUCAGGAGCUACCCUCUAACAGGAGUCCCCAGAGCUGGGCCAGGGGGAUGAACCGUGAGGGAGCACCCGGUAAGAGUCCGGAGGAGAUGUACAUUCAACAGAAGGUCCGCGUGCUGCUCAUGCUGAGGAAGAUGGGGUCAAAUCUGACCGCCAACGAGGAGGAAUUCCUGCGCACCUACGCGGGGGUAGUCAGCAGCCAGCUCAGUCAGCUGCCACAGCACUCCAUCGACCAGGGUGCAGAGGACGUGGUGAUGGCGUUUUCCAGGUCGGAGACGGAAGACCGGAGGCAGUAGCUGAAAGCCCCUGGAACACCCUGAAAGCUACUGAGGGCCUGGAGAUCUGUGGGGCUCCUCUACCGGUUGAGCUGAGCGGUAGCAAACCACCUUCCUCCCUCCCUCUUCUCCCCUCACCCCACCCAACCCUCCCCACCCCAGCCACUCAGCAGGGCUGACAUCGAGGGAGAUGCCAGUGGUGGUUUGUGAUUGGCUUGAAGGGAUGGACUCGUGAUUGGCUGCAGGAAGAAACCUUUUUAUUUUUAAAUCUUGACCAACGGAAACCUUUUAUUUUUAUUUCUGACUCUUUAUUUUUUUAAAAAUUUGCGCCUCGGUGUCUGGCUUCCCCGGAAGCUCUCCGAGCUCUGGUGCUUUAUUUAGGUCAUUUUUCAGGAACGUGAAGAGGCCUGAUUGGCUGCUUAAACUGGAAAAAGAUUGGGAUUGGCUGGCUUGUGGGAAAUGGUCUUUUCUUUGAUUGGCUGCAGGUGUUGUGCUCACAUCACCAACUUCCUCCUCUAUUCUGAUGCAGAGAACAGGGUUUGGGGAUAUUGAUUGUUAGAUUUGACUUGAAAAAAGAAAAGAAAGAAACCAGA